GGGGUUCGGUCAUUCCGGGUACCUGAAAUGCUGGAUUGCGUGUUUUUUUAUUUGGGUCGUUGCUAGACACUCGGAGAAGCCAAGAGCAUACCGGAAAUACCAAGCCCGAAGUUUCUGGAGCUCGAUCAUUCCCGGGUUCUGUCAUACCUGGCUUCUAUGGAUGCCUAAUGCAGACCAAAGUACAUGAAUCACGAAAUCUAAUGUUUUAGGUAUCGGAAACACCGAGCCCGGGAAUGACCGAACCCGGAAACUUUGAGCUCGGUGCAUGCCUACAAAAGACACAACCACUAGACAUAAUUGCAGCGUCAUCUAACAAACCAUGCUAUAUCACAUAGAAAUUGUCUUUUUUGGGAUCAAAUUGAUGUUUUUACGAUCGAUGAAACCAUAUUCAUAUAAACAAAAAUAAUCAAAAAUUGGCACAAGAGAAGAAAACGGCAUGAAUCCGUUGGUUUAUUUAAUAAGCGUAGUUAACCGUUGAUUUUGACAAAGAAUAGCCGACAUAGGUUAUUAUUCUGAUUGCGCUCAAGCUGCUUGUACUAGCCAUAACGGCUGUUUUCACUUAGUUUCCAAGUUUGAUAAUUUGCUAUAGAUUAGUGUCACAAUAAUAGUUAUCGAUUGGAAACAAGGCUUACCCUAUAGACUAAAGUUUGGCACAUCUGUCAUCUUUGGCAUAUUAAGAUGCACUUUUUUAAGUAGCAAUCGGCUUCAUAAAAAUACAAGAUUUUUCUUCAGUGGAACUUUGAAAACAAACUCGACAAAGAGAGGAGUACACCAAACGAACUGGCGAUUUUUUUAUGAAAAAUUGGCGACAUGGUUAGAUUCCUAAUGUGUAUUCCCAAAUGUCUUGGAUGUAACUAUGAGAUAUUUGUUUGCUAACAGUAAUUGUAUCAAUAUAACGGCUCAUCCGUAAGACAACAGUUGUGGUACAUAGCAAUAUUCAACGCUCUUAACCUCAGUCAAUUAAAUUACCCACAGAAUCAAACACACUGUUUAAUCGAAUACUUCGAUCGAUUGUAGUCUAAAGUCUCAACAAAAUUUUAAUUCUUAUUUGGCAGAACUUCUCUUAAAUGAACCGUUUCAGAACAAAACGUUGAAUAAACUUUUCGAGCAUUUUUUGUUCAAUGAUGAAUGAACACUAGGCGCAAAAAAAGACUUACAAAACAUUUGCUGAACAAGUAAAAUAUUUCUUGUAGAAAUAAAGAGAACUUUUUCGAACCAUAAUACAAUAGAAAUAUUUCUUGUUUUGUAUUUUUAAAAGACUAAUACUUUAUUCUUUGAUAGAAAAAUAAUCUAUUUUAUUAACAUCUAUUUUAUCUAGUUUUCUUAUAUCGCGCACGUGACAAUGAAACAAAUCUAAAAUAGAAAAGUAGAGACUGAAUAAUGAGCCAUUUUUUCUUCUAAGAACAACAAACAUUUAAAUAUGACUGACAUGGUUUAAAUGUGUAUAAACAGAAUUAGCAAUGGUAAAUGAAAUCUAUUCGAUAAUUUCAUAUGAAAUAGUUUUAUUCAUAAGAGAACGUAUUAUAGAAUUAUAUUUCAUAUAUAUGUUAAUAAAUUGUAUAAUGAAGAUAAUCUCUAACAUUCGCAUACUAAAGUUACAGUUAAAUAAUAAAUACAGUUACCAUAAAUAAGAUGGACUUUUUACAAUAAAUUGCUUAUAUUCCUGAAUCUCUGUGUUUUUUGUCAAAUAAUUACCAUAAGCAGAAUAUUUUGCAGUAUCUUUUGUACUGUCAGCAUCAGGUACCAUUCGAUAAGCAAUAAAUUGAUUGUUUAAAGUUAGCUUGGAGAUGAAUAUUUGAUUAGUAGAUGAAAGAAGUAAAUUAGAUGUACCACGACAUGAAUAGUAAUAAAACUAAGUUUUUUGUGUGAGUAAUAAGAUUCCUACUUAAUUUGUCAAGUGCAUGAUUUGUUUUCAUAAUUGAAAAAGUGUCCUACAGAAAUGUACAUGAUGGAAUAUUAUCUUGUAGCAUUGGAUAUAUCUAAUUAAUAUUGAGAAAUCUCAUAAAUGAAAUUGAGUAAUCUUGAUCAUUGGCACGCUCGAAAAUUCAAAUACUUCAAACAUUGAAACAAUUUAUCAAUUCGACUUCCAGAAAAAUAAAACAAAAGAUAACAUACAUCUUUCUGUUUCGAAAAUAAAGUGAGUUUAAAAAAUCUAAUUUUCGCAUAGAGACAUAAGUACUUAACACUUACAGCUAUAUACAUAUACUAAUGUCGUAACUGUUCACUUUUACCGAUUGGUCUUUUGUCUACGUUUGUUGGCCACUGAUUUUAAUUUUGAGUUCUCGUGUCAUCGUAGUCUUGCACCUAACCGUACAAAACUAUUAAGAUAUACUAAGUCAUAAACAGUCGAUGAUGGACGUCCUAUCGCACAAGUAAACUUCGAAACUGAACAACUGAAAGUAUACUAGAUGACUUGUAGAAUUGAGCACAUUUUUAAAUGCAUUAAUGUUAAAGAUGAAUGCUUGUGACUAUUGAACAACAUCGAUGCGACGAAUAAUUGUUUUACUAUAUGAUGCAAAAUGUAAAUAGAACCGAAUAGGUGGAAAAAAUACAUGAAGUUGAUGAUAAUGAAUUAGGCCGGCUCAGUUCCUCGACUGGAAUAAAUAUUACUGCAACAUGCAUGUUCACUGCAGAUUGAUGACUUUUGAAUGAGCUAACGUUGUUAACAAUAAAAACUUCGCGGUUGGAAGAAUUAAUUCGAUAGUAAUGCUUAGCCAGUCAGUUUAUAAUGAAUGUGGUUUGAGACCUAUACUCAAAUUUCUUCUAAAUGUCAAAAGAAAAUGAAAUAAGAUCAGUUAACACUAAAGAUGUGGAUACAUAGGUGUUUGUUUUCUUCACUCUCAUCGACAUCCACACCCUUUUCUAUAUUUGUACUGCAAUAAGGAACAUUUUUUUUAAUUUAUAAUGAACGCAAAAUUAAUGUGUUCGUUCGACGUGAUCGAAGAGGUGAGUUUUAAUUAAGUGGUUAUGAUAAAGAAAAAAGUUUUUAUUAUUUUGUUUUAUGAUCAUUCUUUUGAAACCUACGAGGAAACCUUCCCAAAUAUGUCCUUCAAUUUCGAUGUUAUUUUCUAUAAGUACCACAGUGUUCUGAUGAAAAUUCUAAAAGGGUUUGGGUUCCUAUUUAAAUUUAGCGAAGUUAUUGAAUUUUUUAAUAUGUGUAUUUUCAAGAGAUCUCAGUAGGACUUCCGAUUUUCGAGAAAAUUGUCUUUUUAAAUUUAGUCCAGAAGCUUCUUUCACUUGAUAAUGUCACACACACAUAUUUGUAUGGAGAGUGCCAGAAUUUUUAGACUAUCUUUUGCAAAUAGACAUAUUACAAUAAUUUGAUAAUUUUGCUAAACCUCAAUAGGAAUCCAAAUCGUUUUCGAGAUUUUACUAAAACACUGUAGUAUUUAGAGGCAAAAAAAUCAUUGGAGCCAGAAGGAGACAUCUCGUGAGGUUCUCUUAUUAACUUGUUUGUAAAAAUCUUCUUAAAAAUUUCUUUUCAUCGAAUGUAAUGAGUUGGAUAUAUUGAAUUGGAGAAAGCUCUCACAUUCAGCUACCUGUUUGCCUCUAUUUUGUAGACAUGGAAGAAAAUAAGCAACAAAUGUUUUUUUUUGCUGUAAGAAGUGACAUCUUCUUCAUUGAUUGGCUCUGCACUUGUGAAUAGUGACUCGAUCUCAGAUGAGAAGAAAACAAUGGAGACUUCGCUCACAAAGUUCAUUGUUUUCUCUUUGAUUCAAGGUUUCAGAAGAUAUCGUGUGAUUAUAAUUAAAUAUAUCGUAGAUCUUUGAAUCUAUCAAAAAAAUUAGCUGUUUCCAUACAUUAUUUCAAGAUCAUUAAAUAAACAUCAUAAAAUAACAAAAAAAUAUUUCAAUCUGAAAUAGCUCUUUGAUUCCGAUCGAGCGUCAAACAUAUUCAAUGUUGAUGAACGAGAUAAACAAUUAAGACCAUUCCUCUCUCAUAUUUACCAAACAAGGGUAAAAAUUAGCUUAUUUAGCAAAUCAAAUUUCUCUGUCAAGGCUUAUUCUAUAUAUUUGAUGUUCUUUUGUUUGCAAGAACAUGCCAUGAUGCAGUGAAGUAUAGAGCAAUUUUUCUAAUUCUUACUUUUUAAGUGGAGAAAAUGUAUGACAAGUGCAGUGACUCAAACAGCCUCUAAAAAUGUGUGUCUAUUUAUAUCAGUACUUGUAUAUAUAAUAAAAACAACGUUUCGUUUAUAAAAAGGACUCGCUACUGCACUACACCUUGACAUACUUUUUCAAACAAACAAAAAAAGAUAAAAAAUGAGAAUUCACAGGUAAUUUUGAAUUGCGUGAUCAAAAAAAGUAUAAACAGAAAAAACGAAAAACUUUUCCGGUUUUUCUAAAAAUCGCUUGCUGGUCAACGGAAUGACGACAGAAAUCAUCCAAGAUUUAGUCAAAAACAAAAAGGAAAUGCUGAAUAAAAAAUCAUAUAAUUUAUGAAAGAUUAGACCUCGAGCUAUCUUCUCAUGCAAUUAUCUUAUUUUUCAUUUUUUUUGACGAAAAUUGACUUUUUUUCAGGGGGUAGACCUUGAAUAGCUUAAUUUGAUUAUCAUCAAACUACUAAACGGAAUACAUGUAUUUAAUCAAGUAAUCAAAAAAUGUAUUUCAUACAUGUUUGUUCUCAUAUUGAAUGAGCUUUCAAAAAACUCCUACUGACAUUUUUUUACCGUAAGAUAGAAGAAUAUGUAUUCAAAUUUAGAAAAAAAAGACCUAUUCAAUAUGGUAACAAACUGUUUAACAUCUCUUAAAAUAAAAAAAACGGCGAAAAAAAAGUGUGUUUAAUUUAUUCGGUAUCUUAGAUAACAUGAUGUAAUAUGAUUUCAAAUUGAUCACCAUCAUUUGUUAAGUUGAAAAUAAGAAAAUAAUGAGUAAACUUAUUCUUUCUUCUUUGUCUAGUACUUUUAUUUCCUCUCUUUUAUUUGUAAUCGAAUAUGUAUGUAGAGAAACAAUUAAUUUUAAUCAAUAAGUAGUCGUACACAGUUCUUUUUUUCUAUCAAAAUCAUAUCUGCAUUUAAAAGAACAUGUUGAAAUAUUUCGUCAUUAGUCUACUUCUUAUUUCUAGUAAUUACAUUAAAAGAAUCUAUAAAUAAAAUUUGAAUUUAAUUAUUGUUUUUUUUCUUUAGAUAGUAUCUUUCCGACUGAUGCGUUUAUCCGUGUAUGUAAUAAUGGUGCUUAUCUAGCAAAAUGUUACCUUGAAUCGCGCGCUCCAUAUUAUGGGUUUCAAAUUCGUCGUGAUGAUACAGGAUUAUUUCCUGUUGCUCAAUGUUCAACAAUGAAUGUUCCUCCCGCUGCUGUAUGGAAUCGUCUUGAAUGCAAAACACUUGCUUUUAUUGCUGUUUAUAAAAGUAUUUUUAAACAAGAAUUUGCUUCUGCUAUGUUUAAUUAUUGUUAUAAAAUUACUGGAACUACAUUGAAUCCAAAGUGGUCACAAACACAAUGUUAA